CUCUCCAUCUGCGCGAUGUGCGCAUGCCCACUUGCAGGGACUCGUUCACUCACCGACCGUGUACCGUUAUCCGGGCAAAGCUGUCAUCUACGUUCCAUCUUCUCCAACCGACUACUGUGUUUUUCUCCACGGUAUACGGCAAGCCUCGGUGGUACUCACAGUGGGCCGAACGCACAAGACACUUCCUCUGUUUUUUCUAAGCAGAGAAACGGCUUUCAUCGAGAGAUUGUCUUUGCAUUUACAAAAAGGUGCAAGAUGAAGUUGGGUUGGAUGUGGUGCGCGCUGCUCCUGUCCUCCCUGGCUGUGGCAGCUAUAGCAGCCCAACAAAAGCAGGUGGAGAUUGAUGUUUCAGACAAUGAUGAAGAUGUGGUGUUGGACGAGGAGGAAUUAAAGGUUCUGAUGGCAGAGGAGGAGGAGGAAGAGGACGAGGCGUCUGUGGCGGAUGAGGACCACUCUGAUAAGACAGACGGCACAGAAAGUGGGGAGGUUGGCAAAGCAGGAACAGAUGCAAAUGUCUCCUUCCAGGUAACAUACAAGACUCCGGUUCCCACUGGAGAAGUCUAUUUUGCAGAGACGUUUGAUGACGGGUCACUGGACAGUUGGCAGCUGUCAGAGACAGUGAAGGGAGAUGCAGAUGAUGACAUCGCCAAAUAUGAUGGGAAGUGGGCUGUGGAGCAGCUGAAGGAGAACAAAGUUCCAGGAGACAAGGGUCUGGUGCUCAAGUCCCGGGCCAAACACCAUGCUAUCUCUGCAAUGCUGAGCAAACCCUUUGUCUUCCAGGAUGAACCUCUGGUCGUACAGUAUGAGGUGAAUUUCCAGGAUGGUAUCGAUUGUGGUGGAGCCUACAUCAAAUUGCUUUCAGACACUGGCAGUCUCAGUCUGAAGCAAUUCCACGACCGGACACCCUAUACCAUCAUGUUUGGACCAGACAAAUGUGGCGAAGAUUACAAGCUGCACUUCAUCUUCCGCCAUCAGAAUCCUCUUAACAAAGACACAGAAGAGAAGCAUGCCAAGAGGGCCGAUGUGGACCUCAAGAAGUUCUACACUGACAAGAAGACUCACCUUUACACUUUGGUCCUGAACCCAGACAACAGCUACGAGAUGUUCAUCGACCAGUCCAGUGUGAGUCGCGGCAGCCUGCUGCAUGACGUGGUGCCCCCAGUCAACCCACCCAAAGAGAUAGACGACCCGACUGACUCCAAGCCAGAGGACUGGGAUGAGAGGGCCAAGAUUCCUGACCCUGAGGCUGUCAAGCCUGAUGACUGGGAUGAGGAUGCUCCAGCAAAGAUCGAUGACCCUGAUGCUCUGAAGCCAGAGGGCUGGCUGGACGACGAACCAGAGUUUGUCCCGGACCCCAACGCUGAGAAACCAGAAGACUGGGAAGAGGAGAUGGAUGGAGAGUGGGAAGCCCCACAGAUUCCUAACCCAGCCUGUGAGACGGCCCCCGGCUGUGGGGAGUGGAAGCGUCCAAAGAUUAACAACCCUCAGUACAAGGGAAAAUGGAAAGCCCCUCUGGUGGACAAUCCCAACUAUCAGGGAGUCUGGAAGCCGCGUAAGAUUGAUAACCCAGAAUAUUUUGAGGACCUGCAACCAUUUAGGAUGACACCUUUCAAGGCUGUGGGCUUGGAGUUGUGGUCCAUGACCUCAGAUAUCUACUUCGACAACUUCAUCAUCACCUCUCACAAGGAGGUGGCCGACCGCUGGGCCUCUGACAGCUGGGGGCUGAAGAAACUGGUAGCCAGCGCUAAUGAGCCGGGGAUUUUUGCUCAGCUGAUGAUGGCAGCAGAGGAACGGCCGUGGCUCUGGGUGAUUUACAUACUGACAGUUGGCUUGCCUGUAGGACUGGCUGUGCUCUUCUGCUGGCCAAAGAAAUCAGAUGAUGACUACGUGUACAAGAAGGUGGAUCCGCCUCGGGCUGAUGAAGAGGAAGAGGAGGAAGAAGAAGAAGAGGAGGCAGCAGCAGAUGAGGAAGACAAAGUAGCCGAGGCUACAGAAGGAACACCAGCUGCAGUAUCAGAAGAGGCUGAGGAGGAGGAGGAGGAGGAGGAGGAGGAUGAAGCCAAUGCGGGAGGUGACAAUCUAGAGGGGGAUGAUGAUGAGGAAGAAGAGGAAGGGGAGGCGGAGGAGGAGGGAGAAGAGGAGAGCAAAGCUCCUGAGAGAACAUUAGAAGAUGAGGUUGGUGUCAUUCCGAAGGAGGGAGGAGACACCGAAGAAAGUUACAAACAAGCUGUAAGAAAGAGGAGGGUACGGAAAGACUGAAGAGGUGAGAUCCCCAGCCUACAGUCUCCUUUCUCCCGCAACGCGGAGGGGGUGGAAAGGCCAUCUCUGCUGCUGUUCCCCCCUCUGAGCGGAGCAGCAUGUAUUUCCUCCAAACCACCUGGUAGCCUGCAGUCACCGCAGCUGCCCCACCCACGUCUCCUCCAUCCCUCAGCCACACCCAUCAAAAGGACCGCAGUCUUGCAACCCACAUCCUGUAUCAUCCCUCACCUCGUCUCGUCUCGUCUCUCCAUCCUGUCUGCUCACUGAGCGGAUGAAUCCCCUGGAGAAUCUGUGCAGUUAAAUGUUUUCCCUCCUCCAUCCUUCUCUUCUCUAAGCUGUCGCUGUCAAAAUGCCUGUCAGCCUAAAAAGGCCCACCUCUUCCAUGAUUGUCCCUGUUCACCCCGUCUCUGCUGUCAGUCUUCUGUCUGUAUAUAUGCCACCACAGAUUUCCCAGUGUGUCUCCUCUGUGAGUGAAGGCAGCAGAGGAUGCCGUCGACUCCUCUUGUUCGUACCAUUUUACAGCAUAUCAUAGGGGCAACAUCUCAGAAGUUAGACUUUAUUCUUCUGUCCUUUGUUUUAAACAUGUUUCAAGGACACAGUUUGACAAAGUUCCUUCCUUGUUUGAAAUUGUUUGAGUUUCAAUCACAGGCCAGGAGCAGAGGACUCCAGGCUGCUGGGAAAGGCUGUAUGAGAUGUUACUGCAUCGUCAGGACAUUUCAGCUGACAAGUCUCAGCUUAGGUUUAAAAGUUUACCUCUUUAAAAAUGGAUGUUCUGUUUAGAUUUUAGGUAGUUUGUAAGGAGCAUCAGUUACUUUUAUGUGUUUUAUACUAAGUUAUAGCAUUCUGCAAACUGAGGAUUAGCACAGAUGACCCUAUUUAUUGGUUUUGUUUAUGAUUUGUUUUAUGCUGGAAUGAAUAAAGAUUUAAUAAUGCAGUGUUUUGAGUGACUUGAGGCAGUUUUCUUAAAAUAUACCACUGAUGUGCUUAUUCUGAGCCUAGGUCUAGUUGAAAUGCUUUAACGCUGAAUGCCUUGGCCAUCAGUUGUCAGUUAGACAGUAAAUCUGUGGAUUUCUACGGGAAACAGCUGGAAAUUAAACCUGUGAAAACAUGUCUCAUUCAGUCAGUACACAGCUGUGUUUUCCUAGAACAUCUAGACUAGCUGGAGUUCACAUUCUAGAUUGUUGCCUGGGGAAACCAUUGAUGCUAAUUUAUUUGUUUUAUAUUGUGUCAAGCUUUUGUAGUUCAUAUUUUUGUCAGAUUCUGGCAUAUAUCCCUGUUUACAUUUGUUUGCAAAUUGUACAUUGCU